AUGAGGCUGACAGCAUUGACAUCAACCACAUCGGCCGCCGCAAGGCAUCUCGCAAGAGCAAAGGCACCCACCGUCGCUGCCGCCGCCACACCAUCGCUAGCACGGCAAAUCUCGUCCCAGCCCAAGACCGCCUCGAGCCUAGCACUACGGAGUCCUUCCCAGUCAGCAUCGACACACGCAUCUUUCUCCUCCCAUCCGGCGCAAGGGACACCGUCAGCAAGAUCCAACAGCAGCAUCAGCACCAGCACCAGUACCAGCAGCGUCGGGACAUCUCGCCCAUCGCACACCUCAUCACUGCUGAGCCAGCUACAGUCCCGGGGCCUGUCUACGCUCGGCAGCCAAUCAGCCGGCUUCAACCAGUCGUCGGUCAUCCCCACUUCUGCGCUCAUUGAUGUCACGACUCUCCCCAACAAGGUCCGCGUUGCUACCGAGGCGACGCCCGGCCACUUCUCGGCCGUCGGCGUCUACGUCGACACUGGCUCGCGGCUCGAGAGGGCCUGGGUGCCCGGCGAGAGCGGCGUCAGCCACCUCCUCGACCGUAUGGCGUUCAAGAGCACCACGAAUCGGACAUCAGACCAAAUGACGUCCGAGAUCGAAGCGCUCGGCGGCAACGUCAUGUGCUCGUCGUCGCGCGAGACGAUCAUGUACCAGUCGUCGGUGUUCAACAAGGACGUCCCCGCUGUCCUCUCGAUCCUGGCCGACACGAUUCUCAACCCGCUCCUCUCGCCGCAGGAGCUCGACGUACAGCGCGAGGCGGCGGCCUACGAAAUCUCCGAGAUCUGGAACAAGCCCGAGAUGAUCCUGCCCGAGCUGCUUCACACGGUCGCCUAUUCGGGCAACACGCUGGGCAACCCGCUCCUCUGCCCCAUCGAGAGCCUCGAGGCCAUGACGGCCGACAACCUGCGCAACUUUAUGAAGACCUGGUACACUCCCGACAGGAUCGUCGUCGCCGGCGCCGGCAUGCCCCACGAGCAGCUCGUUGAGCUGAGCGAGAAGCUGUUUGGGCACAUCCAGCCCUCGGCCAGCAGCAGCAGCAGCAGCACCAACCCGCGCAGCAGCGUCACCCGCAGCAACAGCACCAGCAGUGCGAGCAGUAGUGGCAGCAGCAGCCAGUCGUCGCUCUUCUCGUCGCCCUCGUCGUCGUCGUCGUCGUCGUCGUCUGCAUCGUCGUCGUCCGGAUCGGCCGACUUUUCAACGGCCGCGUCUCGCAAGGCGCAGCAGGUGUCGUCGCUCUCUGCAUCGGCAUCGUCGGAGCUGGCGGGCGCCAAGGCGCAGUACACGGGCGGCGAGCUGUACCUGCCGCGCGACGACCUCGAGUUCACGCACGUCUACGUGGCCUUUGAGGGCCUCUCGAUCCACGACGACGACAUCUACGCGCUGGCCACGCUGCAGAUCCUGCUGGGCGGCGGCGGCAGCUUCAGCGCGGGCGGGCCGGGCAAGGGCAUGUACAGCCGGCUGUACACCAACGUGCUCAACCAGCACCACGCCGUCGACUACUGCGCCGCUUUCCACCACUGCUACGCCGACUCGGGCCUGUUUGGCAUCGCAGCCUCGGUGCACCCGUCGUUCAACGGCAGCAUCGUGCACGUCAUUGCGCGCGAGCUGGAGCUGUGCACCUCGGGGCUGUACCAGGGCAGCGUGACGGCGGCCGAGCUGGCGCGCGCCAAGAACCAGCUCAAGAGCAGCCUGGUCAUGGCGCUCGAGAGCCGGCUGGUCGAGGUCGAGGACCUGGGGCGGCAGAUCCAGGCGCACGGCAAAAAGGUCUCGGUCGAGGAAAUGUGCGAGCGCAUCGACCGCGUCGACCUCGAGGUGCUGCACCGCGUCGCGACGCGCGUGCUGAGGCCGCAGAAGGCCAACGUCGUCCUCAACCACGGUCUCGGCAGCGGGCAGGCGACUGUCGUCGCGCAGGGACAGCUCGAUGGUCUUGGCGACGUGCGCGAUCUCCUCGCUAGGAGGGGGUUGGGCGUCCCCGCUUCCUCGUCGGCUGGUUUGUCGGCUUGA